AUGAGCAGAUACGACGUGGUUGUGUACGGCGCGAGUGGCUUCACAGGCGCUUAUAUUGUGCAGUACCUCGUGACUUCUUCCCAUUUUGAGGUAUGAAGGUUUUCCAAAAGAGGAAAAGUAGAGAUUCACGGGCAGAAAAGCUUUCACCGAAAAAGAUUCAAAUAAUUUGAAGGAGGCAUAUUAAUGAGGUUUCCUACAUUUGAAAAACAAAUUUCUUUUUUUCCAAAAAAGAAGACCGACUUCUUGAGGUUCAAGGAAAUUUAAGCGAAGUUAGAUCACUUUUCUAAUUAAAAUCUCUUCUUACUUCUUUUUUGACACGGAAAGUGCUCAAGUUAGUCUAGGAAAUUAUAAUUUAUUUUUCAAAUUGAAUACUUUUUCGAAUAUUUUUUUCGUGAAAAGUUUUUAAGCUUCGCUUUUUUACUCAAGCCUGCGACAAAUCAACUAUAUCCAACUAUGGGACUCGGUAUUUCAGGGGGUGACGUACGCCGUCGCUGGUAGAAGCGAGUCGAAGCUUCGCCAAGUGCUUUCCGACAUCUCCGACAGGACUGGUCAGUGCCUUUUUUGCAGGCUGUGUUUUUGCAAAGUCCGUGACAAUCUUUCCUCCGCCAAAGUGUUCUUUGGGAGAAGGUGCAAGAAGGAAACGGCUGGCGUAAACAAGUCGCUGUGGAGGAACAAAAUGGGAAAGGGAAUGGGGCUGCGGGCGCGUGACGGCCGCACAGGAAAUAUAGAUGGUGGCGUGAGAGCUGAGAGAGCAAGAGAGCACCAGAGAAACAGUGGGCAAACUGCUGAACAAAAAUCGCACGCCGACGUGCAAUCCGUCUUCUCUCGUGAGAGUUGCGGAAAACGGUGCUUUUUUUCUUUUCUGAAGUUUGGACGGGGAAACGACCUGCAAAACGUUGGGACGUCUCGAGUGCCACGGACAGUUGAGACUGAAAUGUUUUUGCCGAGAUGCUUAGGCUCGACAAACAAUUUGGGCCAUGAUCCUUUUUUCUAAUUAACGGAAAAUCUCACAAAUAAAUCAAUAAUUGCGGUAGCUCACUUGAGUUUAGAAAAGAUGUAGGCCUAAUAGCUUUUUGUGGAUUAUUUCAUUUACUCAUCCGAAAAAUAAAUUGAAACUUUUUUUCGGUUAUGGUGUGAGCUCACUAAAAACGGACCUGGGUUGACAUCGCUAGUUUCGGGUUUGGAGAUCUUGUAGAUGGAAUAUUGGAAAGAGGAAUGGUUCUUGCGGAAAAGUGAGAAAAUUAUCUUUCAACUGUCAUUUUUUCCUAUCUUUUAUGGAAAAUUCUAUCAUAUGAUCACUAGUAGAAAAAGUGAAAAAUACUUGAACUUGUGAAUGAGAAUUAUCCUUUUUUUCGUCAUUAGUUCGAAAUAAAUUUUUUUAUUGAAGAAAAAUUUUUUUGUUCAGGAUGGACUUCUUUGUACCUAUUUACUUGAAUUGUUUCUAUUAACAAUUUCCUUAUUCACAAUCUACCGAAGCUAAGAAACGAUAUCAUUUCCUGAAGAGAGAACCAGAGAAGAAUUUGGCAAAAAAGAGUAAUAUCGCUAUGAUACCUGAUGUUUCUUGAGGGAUUCUGUUUGACCUAUAGGAAAGUGGAAACGCUGAGUAGCUUCGAACGAUGGAAAUUACCCGUUUCUGAGCAUUUUAACUCGAGUUAUGAAAUUUUUUUAUUUUUUUUUGACUAAAUAAUUAAAAAAAAGGAAAAUUCUUGGUGUAAAUAGCCGACUCUGAAAUGGGUAUGUUAAGAUUUUUAAUUCAGUUUGACAGUAGAACUUCAAUUAUAAAACAACAGGUUUUCGAGUCAUUUGCAGGCGCUGUUAUUAUAUUCGAAUCACGUUAUAUUUUUAAAUCUUCUGAUGUUUUUCUCACUGGAAAAUUCAACAAAGCAUACAUGAGCUAUUCGAUAACCGACAUGUCUGGAAGGGGUCGGACAAAAAUCCAGCCUUUAUCGAAACGAACUUGCUACUAAGUUUUGACCACUGUAGAUAUAAGAAUUUUUCAAAUACAUCCCCGAUUCUUCACAAAAAUCUUCAUCAAACUCAUUCGUAUCAUUCAAAAAAAAAGAAAACAAUUUUUUUUUCGCUCAAUACGAUCUUGCCAAUUGUGAAAAUCUUAAAGAUUUAAGUAUCGAAAUAGCCCAGAGAAAAAUUGGGUUUGAAAAUAAAAGUUCGCUUUUUAUAGGAAGAAAUGUCCGUUCGGUCCCACUCAUUGAGGCAGACUCAGCGGAUGAGGAUUCUCUUGCCGCCAUGGCACGACAGGCCAAAGUCGUCAUAAACGCCGUCGGCCCGGUUGGUUGGGAAAUUUUUUUUUAUGUAGCUUACACCUAUAUCAUCUCGUCGGAGUGUGGUCCUUAAAACUGAAUCGAGCCGAAAACAUUUUUGAAAAUGUUUACAGUACCGCCUCUACGGAGAAGCUGUGGUCAAAGCUUGCGUUGAAAACGGAGCCAAUCACCUCGACAUUUCUGGCGAGCCGGCGGUAUUCCUACCAUUGAACAUUUGAAACAAACUUCCGCUUUUUUCAGUGGAUCGAACAGAUGCAAGCGAAAUACUCGAAAGAGGCCGAAAAACAAGGUGUUUUCGUGGUCAGCGCUUGCGGAUGGGACUCGAUUCCCGCCGACCUUGGUGUGAAUUAUUUGAAGAAAAACUUUGGCGGCGACCUCAACCACGUCGAAUCUUUUGUGCAGAUCAAGCAAGGACCUGCGGUAAACAUUCGAGCAGUUUUUUUUAAAAUGAGAGUUCGGUUAUUUUAGGGGUACUCUUUCAAUGCCGGUACCUACCAGACUCUCAUUUUGGGCAUCAGUGGAGCUCUCACUGAUAAACUCGGCGCCAUUCGUAAGCAAAUCAUGCCAGAAAAAAUUGUUCGGGGAGCUGUUCGCGUGCCAAAAAGGUAAGUUCUGGAAAAACCUGCAAAUUCUUUGAUAUUGGGAAAGCUUAGACCUCAUAAACUUAGGGAAAUGUUAUGUAAAAGAAUAAGUUGUAUGAGAUUCUCCAUUUUUCCAUCCUUCAGAGGCACUGUUUGGGAAAUCAAAGAGAAGGAACUCGACGGAUAUGCUCUGCCGUUCCCUGGGGCCGACAAGUCUGUGAUCAACCGUUCUCAGUACUACGAUGCGACGGUGAACCAAAAGCGUCCGGUGAAGCUCAUCACCAUCCCCAUAUCAUCUUCGCCCUUCAGAUCCACAUGGAGACGUACAUCCGAGUUUCUUCCAUGUUCUGGGCGGUGGUUCUCGGUCUCUGGGUGACGGUGUUCAGCGUUUUGGUCAAGUGGCCUUCCACGCGCAAAUUCCUCCAACAGUACCCUGACCUCUGCAGUUUCCACAUGUUCAAAGUUAGUUAUAUUAAAUAGAUCUUUCAAAACUUCUGGUUCAGAAUUCCGGCCCAAACAAAGAACAAAUGGCUCAAGCUUCGUUUGUCUAUUGGUUCUUCGGAUAUGGUUAUUCAGAAUCGAAGCCUCAGGACGAGCAGCACGAAGAGAAAAUUAACCGCAAGGUGAAUUUUUUUUGAAUAUUAAUACCUUCUGGAUGUGUGGAGCUACACCUUAUGUUCGAAAUAGGAAUUUAACAUUUUAUAUUUGAAAAAAAAAUAUUCAUUCAAUAAUUUUCGUUUUUUCAACAGGUUGUGUCGACUUGCAAAGGACCCGACGCCGGAUACAUAGCGACGAGUGGCUGCAUUCUUUCUUCUGCCCUCGCGGUGCUCAAGGAUCGCAAAAACUUGCCCAAGGAGUAGGUCCCCGUGCCUCUCGACAGUUAUAAUGAUAGAAAACUUUAAAAUCUUCGAUUAGAACUUUUCAGAAUUUUUCCCUAUUUCUGACCUUUUCAGAGGAGGCGUUUACACGACUGCCGCCGCUUUCGGUAACUCCAACAUUUACGAGUACCUCGAAUCCUUCGGCGUCACUUUCCAAAUUGAGUCAGAGAGCAAUAUCUGAGUUUGUAGGUUAGGUUUUCUUGUAGAGGGAUUUGGACGGACGAGCCGCUGCGCAGCCGUCUGUAACUUUCGAAAUCCUUUCCUAGUUUUUCGCAGCUGUUGUAUUGUAACUUUUGAUCCAUUUCGACGUGUUUUCAUGUUAAUCAUAUUCAUGACUACGUGUGCUUUUGACUUUAUUUUCUUCAAAUGUCUUAUUGCAUGUUUUUAAAUGAAAAGUUUUAAUGUUGCAAAAUUUGUGUGAUAUCUAAAAACGAAGUCAUUGAUCGUUCGGGAAAGUUUCAUACAGUUCAAGGAAUAUAUUGUAUAAUCUUUUCACCGAUAGCUUGAGUCAAACAAAAAACAUUGCGGAGGCGUCCAAACCAUUCAAAAAAUGAUCCUUUUUUCUUUUCUCUCGAGGGACGUUUAAUAAAAAGUGGAUUAUGUUCGCGAUAGCGCGCACUUCGCACUAAAACUUUGGGCUCCUAAAAAAAAAGAAAAAUUUUCAUAGCAAUUCCGCUUUGACAGAAGUUUCUCAAUAUUGAUUGCAAUCUAUAAAGCUGUUUUCGUAUGUCAACGAAAACCUUUUUGAGGGAUUUAUGAAUACCACUUAUUGCAGAUAUUUUGGUAAUAACUGGAGAUAUGCAACUGCAACUUUUCCGCCGACUCUACUGCUCUUUUGGGCAACCUACGCGUUUCAAAGUGCUUUUAUCUGCUCAUUCAAAAUUUCUGGCGUCGAACGAAAGUUUUUCAACAUUGCAAGCAGGUAAUUUUUUCUAUCAAAACCUUCAAUUCAUUCAGGUAAGUUUCGACAAAAUUGAUUCCACUGUCGAGUAUUCCACAGGAGAAGCUGGGCCAUUCGAUCCUUAUUCAUAAAGUUUAAUUUUUUCUCUCCAUUUUAAUAAAUACAGAAUCAGUAGGAUACCCUGCCAAAAGGAUCGCCCAAGACAGCACACGAUAUUGUAGCAACUGGCGUUUUCGCUGCUAAGGUUCUCUGAUUUUUUUUUUCAGGAUGUCAAAAUAUAUUAUUAAGGUUCUCUCGCUUUCAUCUUCAAUCGCAGGUGUUGUGAUGGUUCCUGUGUUGUCUUCGUAUCUUUGGGAAGCUGCCGCGGAACGGCCAAAUAUGAUGCUUUUCGCAAUAGGUAAAAAUUUUCUUCGAAAACAGAAGAUGACUUCAAGAAUUCUGUUUUUAUUUUUAAGCCUUUAUUUCAGUUGCAAACACUUUCCUCGUUCUUUUAUCGUUCACUCCCAUCCUGCUGCACUUUCUCGCCAAGCGGUUCCCAAUAAACAUUUACUACGAUCACACUUCCAAGGUAAAAUAGUCGAUUUCCAAGUAAAGUACUAUCAAAGCUUGGAACAAGUUCUGGAUGUGUGACUUUGCAGAUUUUCACCACAGUUCAUUAUAACUUUCUCAUGCGAAAGAUGGCUUUACGGUUUGAAAGUAAAGAAGUCGUUGACGCCCAGAUGGCCCCGGAAAUGAAGAAGGUGAGCAGAAAAUUCGAGAAUUAUUUCACUAAAAUUGCAUCAUCUAGAUCUGGAUACCGUUAGCCACGGCAUUCGUCCACAAGAAACCGCUUCUCAUAUCCUUAGAUAGGAAUGCUUACGUCGAUAAAUUGGCUUUUGACGAGCUUACCAGGUUUAUUUUUGGACCAUGUUCCGAAGUCAAGGAAUAAAGCUGACAAAUUCAUCUCAAAAAGUGUCUUCAAUCAAAUUCCUUCACCAUGAUUUACCGUCACUGAACGGAUUGUUUUGAUCAAGAAACUUCCGCUUUUAUUGAAGAAUUUCAAAUCUCAAGUUCAACAUAUAAGAAAAAGCUGAAAGCUCUUCUAAGUUUUUCUCUGUUUUAUUUUUAUAUUUUCGAUUUUAGAAACAUUGAAAUCCCGCCAAACCACGAUUGA